GAAGAAGACGCAGAAGUGGGAAGAGAUGAACAUCCUGGCCACCUACCACCCGCCCGGCAAGGACUACGGGCUCAUGAAGAUCGACGAGCCCAGCACCCCCUACCACAGCCUGAAGGAGGAGGACGCCGGCAGCGACGCCGAGGACAGCUCGGGGCCCACGCCGGACGUCCUGGCCGAAAAGUUGGCAGCUGCUGCGCAAGGGCAGGGCCCCAAAAUCCUGGCAAGGCAGGAUUACAGCAGUGACGAGGAGGAGGAGGAUGACGAGGUAGAUCUGACUCCGGAAGAAUUGGAGAAAAAAAGGCAGUUUGAAAUGAAGAGGAAAAUGCAUUACAACGAAGCACAGAACAUCAAGCUGGCCAGGCAGCUGAUCGCAAAGGAAAUGCACGGUGAGGCUGCCAAUGAGGAGGAAGAUUGUGAGGAGGAUGAGGAAGAAGAUGAGGACAAUGAGGAUGACAUGCAGGAUGAGUGUAAAACAGACACAGAAUCAGUACCUGCUCCUGGCGACCCGCUUGAGAACAUUGAACACAGCCUUGAAGAAGUCUGCUCAGGACUGUAAGGGCUCCCGAAGUCUUCCCUUUUGUAUCCCUUGCCGCAUCACCCUCCUCCUGCAGGUCUGUUUCCACAAGUUGGCACUUUGAUAUUUGACGAAAAUGGUGGUGAUCUCAAGGUUCUCCGUUUGGCAGUGGAAAUGUUGCCGAUGUGGCUGGUUCUGGUGGCCACAGAAGAUGGUUUCGUUGCUCAUCUGCUGAAGAAAACAGCGUGGGGCAGAACCAGUGAGCCAGGCCCAUUGGUGCCACUCCUUUCUCUGGUUUUAACCUGCAAAACAUCUGGACGCUUCGGUUUCUCUUUUAUCAUGCUGUAGUAUUUGAGUUACACACAAAUGGCUUGAUGUUAAUGCGCUUUUACUACAGCUAAGAAAAGCCCCCUGGCCAAAGGGAUGAAUGGAAGGGUGUUCUUACAGCCUUUUCCCCUUCCCCUCCUGCAGACUUCAGCGGGUUCCGAGAGGCGGGCACUUCUUGCCCCGCCUGCCUGCCUGCCGAAAGGGAGAGAGCAGCUAGAUGGCUUCCCCAGCUGCAGUGUUCUAAAGUGGGAGACGAUCGGCCUGCGGCUACCCUUUUCCCCAUUGGAGUUGGGCAGGAGCCCAAUGCUCCCGCAUUGCCUGGGGGCUCCUCCCUCAGGGCCCUCUGCCUCUCAGGGUGCCUUCCCACACGGCCUCUAGAAAAUAAAAGCAGGUUCAACACCCACCCCCUACCCACAAUCCCCGUGUUGCCUGCUGGCUCUCCUCCUCUCUCUGGGGGAGCCUGCCAAACAGCCCAUUUUCUGGGGAUGGGAUUCUCCAGCCGCCCCAGUUGAUGAUAGCACCUGGCAGGCAGAGAGAUUCCCCUCCCACCCACCCAGGAGACUGGUGUGGCGGCACAGAGAGAGCGCCCAGCCACCUGCUUUUGUUUCUCAACUAGAAGAGGCUGCAUCCCCACAGCCCUUUGUUGCCCCCCCCCCCGUGGUCUCCUUUUGGUAACCUCUCCGCCCUCCUCCUCCCUAUGCCUGGAAUGGACCUGAAUCAAACAGCUGUUUUGUAGUUUGGCCUUUGUGAUUUUCUUAAGCCUUGGAGAAGGGAGGGGCCUCUGUUGGCCACCUAAUGUUUGUAAAAAGAUUUGGAAUGUUCCGACAACCUGAAGUUGCCUAGAAAAUGCCCAGGUUGUGCUACUGACUUUGCUCCUUCUGGAUUCCGUUUCACUGGCUUGUUUCCUCCAUGUAACUGUUUUAUUGAAGUAAAGAAACCACCAAGUGUAUUUUGCAACAAGCA